AUGAUCGUCUGUAAAGACCCCGAUCUGAUCGUGCAUGAGAGCCUCACAUUUCCAAUCGAGGACCUGGUGCUGCGCAAGAACGGCAAGAGCGUGGUGCUGUGCCUGCUGGAGGUGGCGCGGCGCGGGGCCCGCCUCGGCCUGCUCGCCCCGCGCCUCGUGCAGUUCGAGCAGGAGAUCGAGCGGGAGCUGCGCGCCGCGCCCGCGCCCGGGACGGACGCCGCCGCCGCCGAGGCCGGGGCCGGGGUCGGGGCCGCCGCCCCGCCGGGGGCUCCGCCCCGCGCGCCCCGCAUGACGCCCAGCGACCUGCGCAACCUGGAUGAGCUGGUGAGGGAGAUCCUGGGCCAAUGCACCUGUCCAGACCAGUUCCCCAUGAUCAAGGUCUCCGAGGGCAAGUACCGCGUGGGCGACUCCAGCUUGCUCAUCUUCGUGCGGGUGCUGAGGAGCCACGUGAUGGUGCGCGUCGGGGGCGGCUGGGACACGCUGGAGCACUACCUGGACAAGCACGACCCUUGCCGCUGCGCCUCCGCCGCCCACCGCCCCGUGCAGCCGAGGGCCCGCACCUUCUCCCCCCAGAGGGUGUCACCCAUCCCCAGCCCCCGCCCUGGAAGCCCAGUCCUCGGGGCUGAACGCCGGGGCUCCCGGCCCGAGGUGACGCCUCUUAACCUGCGAAGCACAAAGGAGGGGCCCGACACCCC